UAGAAUAACAUGAAUGCUUCUUGCCUGUCAGCAUAAAUAUGGGGACUACAUCCUGGUCUAGGUUAUGUAGAUGUAUUCGUCUCAUAAAUUAACAAUGUGUAGGGCUUCCAAGGUAGGUAACCGAGCACAGGAAAAAGCAUGGUGUAUUUCAUCCAUACCGCUGGGGUGUUACGCCGAUGGCGGAUCUUGGGUUUAAAUGAAUCGGGCUGCUUGCUGGUAGCCUGAGAGCCGAGCUGGUCUCAAAGUCAUCGUUAUCGUAAGCCAGCUCAAUGAUCACACGGACAUCCACUGCCUUGGCUCUUGUGGUGGGUUUCAGUUUAAUUUUUGUGCUAGAGCUAUAUGGUUCAAGAUGGCCAUCUCCCAGUUCCGCCUUUUCAGGAUUUGCACGUGUCUUGCAUGGCUGUUGUCGUUCUUUAAAAGAUUAAUCUGCAGGUCCGGAAGGUUUCGAAAGCUCAGCGGCGAUCAGAUUUCUUUACCGACAACUGUGGAUUUCUCAUUACCCAAACAGCCGGAGAUCGAGCAGUGGAGCUCCUGGGAUGAUGACGCCCCAACAAGCAUCAAGAUUGAGGGUGGCAACGGUGCCGUGCCCCUCCAACCCAGUGAGAAUGAGGAGGAGCCUGACUACUUCAAAGACAUGGCCCCCACCAUCAGGAAAACGCAGAAGAUCAUCUUGAAGAAGCGGGAGCCCCUGAACUUCUCACUGCUUGAUGGGAGCACUGGCUUCUCCAGCCGCCUGGCCGUCACGCAGGACAUGCCUUUCAUCCAGCCGUCGGCUGAGUUGGGAGACCUGGACACCUGGCAAGAGCAGACGAAUGCUUGGGAGGAUGAGUCUGAUGCUACCUGGGAGGCAGAAGAGGUGCUGAGGCAGCAGAAGUUGGCCGAGAGGGAGAAACGGGCGAUGGAACAGCAGAGGAAGAAAAUGGAAAAGGAAGUGCAGAGACUGAUGAAGAAAGAACAGAAAAUAGCUGUCAAGCUUUCCUAACAGUGGCCGCACUCUGGUCAUGAUACAAGUUAAGGGAUGUUAUGGAUUUCUGCAUUGUAUCCUGCUUCAGUAGAUCAGAUCCUCAUAAAGCUACCUGUUAGUUACUGCUUUGGAGACAGUGAGGAAACUGCCGGCAGCGGGCCUGCUUUUCACAGCAGCCGAUUUCCACAAUUUUAGGGGACUUUUUAACUUCUUUGUCUUAUCACUGGAUGUUCGGCUCAUGGACGAUGACCUUCCACCCAUCCUGGUCACUUCAUAUUGUUAUAUCUUAUUCACUUUAUUUAUGGUGUUCAUAUUAUUUAUCUGAGGAUGCUAAUCCUUCUGUGUUCACACCCAGGUUUUUAGAGUACGAGACUGUGCACAACAAUGACAGUGUUGAUGAUGAUGA